AUGGGGGGAGUAUGGGUGUCUGUGUCGGUCUGUGUGCCAGGCCCGGUAACUACUCUAAUUCCUGUUGCGCCGAUCUCACGCAAAGAGACUAAAGAGCUUCACAAAUAUGGCGGAAGGGAUUGGCAGGACCGACCAGGAUGUAAGCAACUACGGGACCGUAUCGACGGAUCAUGGGGUUCUUCUCUCGGGCCUCGCAGCAUGCAGACGACAUUCCAGCCACCCUCUCUGCUCGAAUCGAGCUACACAAAAAUAAAUCAAACAUGCAAAAGAUUACACUACAUUGAGAAAGAAAGAAGGGCAGACUACGAAGAUAAAUAUCAAAAUGGGCAGAAUAAGAGGGGAGGAAGAAAAAAACAUACAAAUCAAAUGGGAUUGGACCAUCCCCCUCUUCACGACCAUCCCCGUCUUCGCCUCACCCCUCCCUUCACUUACAUACAAUUCCUCUCUCACCAUCGCCCAUUCCUCCUCCAACUCGAGUUAGUUAAGAUGGGCUACCGGACCGCACUCCAUCACCAGCAGUAGCAACAGCAUCAUCAUCCACCCCCAUCACAGCGGUAUAUCAACAAAGAAAAAUAAAAGAAAAAACCUGACCAGUGUGCAGCAACAGAAGCAGCAGUUACUAGCAGCAGUGCGCGCACCGCGCGCGCCAUGACGGCGGCCAGAUAAAAUGCAGUUGCGGAUGGGGGGAUGGAUAAGAUGGGGGCAACCAAGGAGAAGAAAAGAAGGAAAAAGAAAGAAGGGAAGAAAAAGAAAAGACGGAAAGAACAGAAAGAGACACCGAACGAACUUGGAUACGGUACUCGAGGAACGCGCGAGGGGAGUCAGCCAAUGGCCCUUGAUGGAGAAGGGAAUCGCAGCAGAAACAGGACGAAGACGACCCGUCGGGAAUGGACCAAGAGCAGAUGCGCAUAUGCAAUCCCUUCCGAGUCCCCAUCCACAUUGGACCCCAACUUACCAUUCAGCUGGAUCUCAAGUGCGUCAAAUUGUGAGACAAACAGCGCGGACGAGAAAAAAGGAUGUCCUCGAGUAAUACAGAUUAGAGGGGCAUUGCCAUGCGCAGUGACAGGAAUACCGGAAAUCUC